GAGUCACGUGACUAGUGUUUCGCGCCGUUUUCCAAGUUGGCUAAGAACCUUUGUAGACAUCAACAAGAAAACAGCGUCAUUAAAACUGAGGAAACGCCAACCGAUCACCAAAAAAACCUCUGAACAUGCCUCCAAGAGACUACGCCGCUGAAAAGGAUAAAAUCAAAACCUUCUUAUCUGAGUUUUAUGCAGAGGAUGGCGGAAAAAAUUUUAAGUACUGCAGUCAGCUGAUGAAGCUGGCUCACAGGGAACAGGUGGCGCUGACGAUUGACCUAGAUGACAUCAACGAACAUGAUCCAGAAUUGGCCGAGGCCAUCGUAGAGAACACCAGGCGGUACACCAAUCUGUUCGCAGACGUUGUGCAAGACAUGCUGCCUGAUUUCAAGGAGAAAGAUGUAAUAGUGAAGGAUGCUUUAGAUGUUUACAUUGAGCACCGUCUUCUGCUGCAACAACGUAACCAUCCAGACAGCCAAUCAGAUGUCACACGAGAUGCCAGAAACAAAUACCCUGCAGAGCUGAUGAGGAGAUUUGAGAUCUACUUCAAGUCUUCUGGUAACCAGAAACACGUCAGUGUGCGCGAUGUGAAGGCAGACAGCAUUGGCAAGUUAGUCUCUGUGAAAGGAAUUGUUACCAGGGCAACUGAAGUUAAACCAAUGAUGGUAGUGGCUACUUACACAUGUGACCAGUGUGGGGCAGAAACCUACCAGCCUAUUGCGUCUCCAGUCUUCAUGCCGCUGAUCAUGUGUCCUAGUCAAGACUGCGUCACCAACCGAUCUGGAGGGCGCCUGUAUCUGCAGACCCGGGGGUCAAAGUUCAUCAAGUUCCAGGAACUGAAAAUACAGGAACAUAGUGACCAGGUACCAGUUGGAAACAUCCCGCGGAGUAUGACAGUGUACUGUAAGGGCGAGAACACACGACUGGCGCAGCCAGGGGAUCACGUCAGCGUUACUGGGAUCUUCUUGCCCAUGGUGAGGAGUGGCUACAAACAGAUAGCAGCUGGUUUACUGUCUGAGACUUUCCUGGAUGCUCACAGAAUUGUGCGUAUGAACAAAACUGAGGAUGAUGAACUGGAGGCAGCUGAUUUGACGGAGGAUGAGAUUUCACAAAUGGCAGAGAAUGAUUUUUAUGAGAAGUUAGCUUACAGUAUUGCUCCAGAGAUCUACGGACUUGAAGACGUUAAGAAAGCGUUACUGUUACUCCUGGUUGGAGGUGUAGAUAGAUCUCCAAAGGGAAUGAAAAUUAGGGGAAACAUCAACAUCUGUCUAAUGGGAGACCCGGGAGUGGCCAAGUCGCAACUCUUGUCCUAUGUGGACAGACUGGCCCCUAGAAGUCAGUACACAACGGGGCGUGGCUCCUCAGGGGUGGGUCUUACCGCGGCUGUCAUGAAGGACCCUCUGACCAAUGAGAUGGUCCUGGAAGGUGGCGCACUUGUCCUGGCUGACCAGGGCGUCUGCUGUAUUGACGAGUUUGACAAGAUGAUGGACGCUGACAGGACGUGUAUUCAUGAGGUCAUGGAACAACAAACCAUCUCCAUUGCUAAGGCGGGCAUCAUGACUAGUCUCAAUGCUCGAGUGUCCAUCCUCGCGGCUGCCAAUCCUGCCUAUGGUCGCUACAAUCCCAAGAAGUCUGUAGAACAGAACAUCCAGCUACCGGCAGCGCUGUUGUCCAGGUUUGACCUGCUGUGGCUGAUGCAGGACAAGGCAGACAGAGAGAAUGACCUCAGACUUGCCCAGCACAUCACCUAUGUCCACCAACACAAUGUGCAGCCUCCGUCACAGUUCACACCACUGGACAUGAAGCUGAUGAGGCGUUAUGUAGCAUUGUGUAAGAAGAAGAAUCCAGUGAUCCCCGAGGCUCUGACAGACUACCUGACUGGAGCAUAUGUGGAGAUGAGAAAGGAGGCCAGGAAUAGCAAGGACACGACCUUCACCUCUGCAAGGUCACUGUUGGCCAUACUGAGGCUGUCCACUGCUCUGAUUGCGUCUCCAGUCUUCAUGCCGCUGAUCAUGUGUCCUAGUCAAGACUGCGUCACCAACCGAUCUGGAGGGCGCCUGUAUCUGCAGACCCGGGGGUCAAAGUUCAUCAAGUUCCAGGAACUGAAAAUACAGGAACAUAGUGACCAGGUACCAGUUGGAAACAUCCCGCGGAGUAUGACAGUGUACUGUAAGGGCGAGAACACACGACUGGCGCAGCCAGGGGAUCACGUCAGCGUUACUGGGAUCUUCUUGCCCAUGGUGAGGAGUGGCUACAAACAGAUAGCAGCUGGUUUACUGUCUGAGACAUUCCUGGAUGCUCAUAGAAUUGUGCGUAUGAACAAAACUGAGGAUGAUGAACUGGAGGCGGCUGAUUUGACGGAGGACGAGAUUUCACAAAUGGCAGAGAAUGAUUUUUAUGAGAAGUUAGCUUACAGUAUUGCUCCUGAGAUCUACGGACUUGAAGAUGUUAAGAAAGCGUUACUGUUACUCCUGGUUGGAGGUGUGGACAGAUCUCCAAAGGGAAUGAAAAUUAGGGGAAACAUCAACAUCUGUCUAAUGGGAGACCCAGGAGUGGCCAAGUCUCAACUCUUGUCCUAUGUGGACAGACUGGCCCCCAGAAGUCAGUACACAACGGGGCGUGGCUCCUCAGGGGUGGGUCUUACUGCGGCCGUCAUGAAGGACCCGCUGACCAAUGAGAUGGUCCUGGAAGGUGGCGCUCUUGUCCUGGCUGACCAGGGCGUCUGCUGUAUUGACGAGUUUGACAAGAUGAUGGACGCUGACAGGACGUGUAUUCAUGAGGUCAUGGAACAACAGACUAUCUCCAUUGCUAAGGCGGGCAUCAUGACUAGUCUCAAUGCUCGAGUGUCCAUCCUCGCAGCUGCCAAUCCUGCCUAUGGUCGCUACAAUCCCAAGAAGUCUGUAGAACAGAACAUCCAGCUACCGGCAGCGCUGUUGUCCAGGUUUGACCUGCUGUGGCUGAUGCAGGACAAGGCAGACAGAGAGAAUGACCUCAGACUUGCCCAGCACAUCACCUAUGUCCACCAACACAAUGUGCAGCCUCCGUCACAGUUCACACCACUGGACAUGAAGCUGAUGAGGCGUUAUGUAGCAUUGUGUAAGAAGAAGAAUCCAGUGAUCCCCGAGGCUCUGACAGACUACCUGACUGGAGCAUAUGUGGAGAUGAGAAAGGAGGCCAGGAAUAGCAAGGACACGACCUUCACCUCUGCAAGGUCACUGUUGGCCAUACUGAGGCUGUCCACUGCUCUGGCGCGGCUCAGACUUGCUGAUGUCGUUGAGAAGGAAGAUGUGAAUGAAGCCAUGCGGCUUAUUGAGAUGUCGAAGGAAUCCCUGAGUACAGAGGAGACGGCCGGGAGGAAACAAAAUUGGAAGGACCAAGUUUUCAACCUGGUGAAGGAAAUGGCGCCAGCCAAGGGGGCAAAGUCCAUCAAGAUGGCCGACAUCAUGGAGCGCUGUGCUUCUAAAGGAUUCAAGCCUCACCAGGUUGAAGAGUGUAUUGAGGAGUACGAGGAGCUUAACGUCUGGCAGGUGAAUACGGCCAAGACCAGGCUGACCAUACUGUAAAGAACCUGACCCUCUUGUACAGAACUUGACCAUCUUUUACAGACCUUGACCGUCUUUUACAGACCUUGACCAAACCAAACGAGGGAACAAAAAGAGAAACUGGCUUUGACAAGAAUUAGUGUUUCUGUGUUAUUUUUCUUUUCUUAUGUACAAUUGUAAUCACAUUGGAAUACCAAACUGCAGUUUUUAUGAAUAUAGAAGCUCUGAUCUUUAAAAAACAAGCUCGUGUAACUCUCCAGUUUUAAAGGUAACAAUGAGACAAAGACGUUGGGACAUUCUGGCAUAGAAUUUAGUUUGAAGGUUUGAAUAAAUCCUGAAGUAUUCAUUUAAAAAAUAGGUCAUGUCACCUGUGAUGGGGUUUGGCUGAACUGGAGUAAGAUGUAUCUUGAUCUAGGUCAUAUCCUUGGUGUGCACAGAAACUGCUUGCUAUUUAUAAUACUUGCACUUUGACGGAACUUCAUUGUUACAGACAUUUUAGAUGGUUUGUACAUAGGUAAACUUGGUCCAGUAGAAUGUAUUGCUACAUGAUCCUGUACAUUUUGAACAUUAGAUGCAAUAUUUUAUUGGCUAUGUAUAUAGAGACUCUGUUGUGUAUUCAUAUCACACAUGGAUUAC